AUGGGCAGAUUGGGUGGAAGUAAAGUGUCGCGCCGCACCGGGCCAAGCAGGACGGUGGUGGGAAGUUUGUUUUGUUUCCUGCUGGUCGUAAAUCAUGUGGCAGCUCAGCUAAUAAUCAACGUACAAAAUCAGGGAGGUGAAAUCGUACAGGAGACAAUAACAUCCAGUGUUGGGGAUGAAACAUGUACACUGGAAUUCCAGAGAAGCGAUGGAACGCUAAUAACGGAGCUGAUUGACUUCAAAAGUGAAGUGCAGGUACUGAAGGCGCUCGUGCUCGGUGAGGAAGAACGGGGCCAGAGCCAGUAUCAGGUGAUGUGCUUCGUGACCAAAUUCCAGAAAGGAGAUUUCAUCACUGCCGAUGCGAUGGUAAAACUGCGACAGAAAAAUCCCAGCACGAUCCGAACACCGGAAGAGGACCGAGGGAAGGAGAACUACACGAUGACCGGCUGGGUGCUGCUGGACCGUGCCACGCCAAUCUCACGUCACGUGGCACCGUUCUGCGUGGAAGCACCGGAGGCAACGUACGUGCGCGACGUUGACCUGAAGGCGUGGGCCGAGCUGCCAGGUUCAUCGAUAUCCAUACUGGAAUCGGCGGUGAAGUUGUUCCCGUCGGCGAACACCGUUACGGCCCCAUCGCGAUGCAGCGACGUCAGCGCCAUCUGGGCACCGUGUCUCUGCACGCUGGAGAUGUGCAUCGGGUGGUACCCGUGCGGGCUGAAGUACUGCAAGGGCAAGCCGGAGAACGCACUGCAGAACAACGGCGGUGGCAGCUACCGGUGCGGGAUCAAAACGUGUCGCAAGUGCCAUCAGUACUCGUACUACGUACGCGAGAAACAGCAGUGCUUGUGGGAUGAAUGACCGAAAAUGGGCCAUCGGUGCCCUCAGCAACCUUCGGCAGCAGUAACAGCAGCAGCAGCAGUAGCAACGCCAAUAACACAGAAGAGUCGGACCUGGCACGAUGGGGAAGGUUCGUACCUUGACGCAGGACAGCACAAUUACGGAAGCGAUGGAAGCUCUUGGGGCAGCCAACACUUACAGACACAUCCGGGAUGGAGUAAAACACGCAAACUAGAACCAGCGGUGGUACGGCAGUACCGUGCAUCGCCCUCAGUCUCCGCUGCUAUCGAUUACGGUAAUCGCCACCAAUAUUGGGAGCGUCGGAAGGUACAGCAACAGCAACGGUCUGCGGCCGAUUACACGAGUUCACUGCGGCGGCAGCUGGCAGCACCAUCAGCCUGGUGGUUAUCGUUGGAUCUGCUGCUAAUCUGGACGUUGCUACCGAGGGCGACGCAGUGGACCGGCAAAAAGCAGCACAAUACCGCCGUACCAGUAACAACCAUUAGCAACAGUGGCGAACGACGAACGCCUACGGAAGCUCGAUCGACGGCAUUGAUUGCAUCUGCAUGCCGGGUGCAACACCACCAACACGAUGCAGGUGACCAGUGGAGCGCGAAACACAAAUCACUACCAGCUUCACCAUCGUACAGGUGUUUCCCGAUGCGUCACCAUCCACCAAAUACGGUCGCCCCGGUGGCGAAUGCGCGGGAACCGGUAGCCGAAACAAUCAGUGAAUUUAAUUUUACCUUACCAACGCCAUUGCCAGCAACAGUGCCAUUGUGGACGGGAGCGAAGGAGGUGACCGCAAGAUAUCCACCUACUGCUGCUCUCCUUGCGCCAGUCGGUCCGUCGACUCUUUUUGAAAAGGGUUUUCAGUUUAACGAAAUUACUUUAUAGCACAAAUAGGUUUAAUGAGUUGCAACACUACGCAGAAGGACACACAUCUCCAUUCGCCCAUUUUUUAGAAUUUUCCCCUUUUUUGCUACAAAUGACAACCUGGUGGGCCAGUUCCUGUAAUCUGUAAUCUGUUCCGCACGAAGUCCACAAGUGCGGAUUUUAUGGUCCGAUCGUAAAACGAAAGCGGACAGGAUUUCGAGUGUCAAACGCUGAGCAAGUGGUAAUUUGAGCAGGUAGCUCACUAGAAGAAAAGACAUACGAUGGACCCGGCUGGAAGGGACUGUCUGUGCCUGUGGUGGCUUUUCGGAGUAAUCAAUUCCACCCGUAUUCUGGACGCGACGCUGAUUCGUGCAGCACAAAUAGGAUAAGGAGGAUUUAAAGUAACACAACCAAGCACGAAGAGAAGGCGCCUCGUACCGUUUCUUUCGCUCCGGCUAGUAAAUGGAUCGGAACCGCAUUACAAAAGGAAAUGCCGCCACCAACGACCAACGACGUUACGAUGUGGCGUACACACACAAUGGUCACCCGGGAUCCGCACCUUUACGGAAUAACUGUAGAAUGUUGGUGGUGAGGGUGCAGAAGAGGAAGCGAACAAAACAACAAAAACACAGUAUUAAAACAC